AACCAACCCAUCAUGAGGCUCAUCGCAACUGGCAGCCUGUCGAGGCUUGCAACGGGUUUCAACAUGUCUGAACAGUCUGGCACGUUUCCCAUCUAUAGCCCCAACGGAGGGGUCUCUAUCUCUUAAAACCUCACGAGCUUCCCCGGGUCGAGGUAAACAACAGCUUCGAGCCGACUACGGUAAAUCGAUACCCAAGCAAAAGGCCAGCAGAACCCAAAGAAGAGCAGUGCUUGACACACGGCAACCUGAACUCCAAUUGACAACUCGAUUCGCUGCAUCUCGAACCCAUCUUAGACCACCUCAAGUGUACAUCCAUUGCCCCACAGCCAACAUGCUGUUCGAAGACCUCGCUACCGAACUGGUGAUCCAGGUGUUGUUCUCCUGCAGUUCAGUCAACGACGUCCUCGCGCUGUCAAUAACCUGUCGCCGCUUCCGCAACAUCUCUCUUUCAUCCCAACGCCUCGCCAUCCUCGAGCACGCAGCCGAGGCCCAAUACGGUCCUCUCCUCGACCUCACCCAGCUCCUCAUCCACAACUCCAGCCAGCCAGCACACAUCAUCCGAACCGCCCCCUUCUCUCUCGCCCUACUCAGGCAGAUAGUGCACGCUGGCCGCAUCGCCGCGAAAUGGUGCGACAUUUACCCCUUCAAGAAAUGGAAGCACAACUACGAAUCGCGCCGCCUGCUCACCAGCAGCGAACGCUACCGUCUGCGACGCGCCAUAUAUCGGACCUGGCUGUACUCACGAGCCUUCCACAACGCAUCCCACCCUCGCGAAUCCCGCGUCACACGCCCCGUGAUCCAAAAACGCGCGGCGCUCCUGCACAACUGGACGACGCUCGAAAUCGCCGAAAUCGCAGACAUCAACAUGAUCAUCCGCGACGUCGUGCAGAACAACAUCUGCCCCAGCAACGGCACGAUCGCGCGGAAAUUCAAGAAACGACAUCCGCAUAACGAUCAGUCGCUACUCUUCAAUAUACACCUCAACUACCCGCCCCCCGCGCCGUCGCCCGCGGCUUACAACCCCUUCACCAACCAAACGCCCGCGACAAACCUCUGGACACACUUCAACACCACACCUACAUACACUUCGCGCUACACCUCGCCCGCUUCGAAGUUCGCGCUGCACCAGACCCACAACGUUGGUGCGGAGGGCUGGGGCGACGAUAUAAGCCACUACUACGUGAUUGAGGACUACAUGAAACUGGACCCGGAGCAAGUCUUGUGGCUGAAGGAGAACGCGCCACUCAAGGGGAUGGUGGAGGGGUAUGUGAGGUUGCUUGGAGGGUGGUUUGAGAAUAAUGGGGCGACGCUGGGACAGACGGUAGAUUGGGUGUUGGAUGAGCGAGGGGAGAGUGUUGUGGAGUUUGCUGAGUUGAUUGCCGAGGGACGGUUGGGUGUCGCGGUAGCUGGUGGAGAAGUGUAGGGGUAGUGUGAUGGGGAUGGAGACGGGGACAGAUGGGGAAAGAUGGGCCCAAGGCCGAGAACAACGUGAUAUACAACCGAUACUUCGAUGACCCUGCUGCGCUAU